GGUCUCGUGAGGCUCAGCUUUCUCCGUCACAUGAAAAUCCACUGCUCCUAAACCCUGAAGUCACUUGGAUCUUUCUGUCAUGUGGACCCUGCCAGUGAAGGCCAUGGAAGUCAGCACUUCCAGGUUUGAUAUACAAAACACUAUGUCUGAAAGACACCAACAACAAACAUAUGUUCUUCCAUCAGAGAAAUUUGGAACAUACAGAAAUGAAGAAUACAACGAUGGUGGUAACUCACCUCAAGGAAGAAAGAAAGUUUGGAGCUCUUUCCAAGGUAAUUUUGGCAAGAGGAGCCCUCAAUAUGAAGAUGGUGGAUAUGAGCCUCAGCCUUCACACCUCCAGGAGGAUGAUGGAAAUGUGUUGAUGAGGGAUGUCCAGGAGGACCCCCAAGUAAGACACAUUCCCUAUAGCACCCGGCGCGACAAGAGGAGAGUGAAAUGGCAAAAUGAGGGCCAUAUCCAUAUUACUGUGUGGAGAGAUAGAAAAACUCUGAAGAGAGAAAUGGGGGAGAACACACAAGAUGGAACCCCAGGGAACUGGUUCAAGAUUACCAUUCCCUGUGGGAGAAAGUAUGACAAGACAUGGCUAAUGAAUUCAAUCCAGAACCAUUGCAGUGUCCCCUUCACUCCAGUGGAUUUUCACUACGUGAAAAACCAGGCUCGGUUCUUUGUCCAGGAUGUUGGCACUGCCUCUGCAUUGAAGGAUGUCAGCUACAAGAUUUGUGAUGAGGAGAACCGAAAGAUAUCUAUCUUUGUCAAUCCUUCUACUGUACCCUACUCUGUGCGGUAUAAGUUGGAGCCAGAAGAAAUGGAACAGCUAAAGCUGACCAUGAACAAACGCUAUGACGUCUCCCAGCAAGCUCUUGACCUCCAGUGUCUCCGCUUUGACCCAGACUUGGUAAGACAUGAUAUAGAUAUAAUCCUGAAUCGAAGAAACUGCAUGGCUGCCACCCUGCAGAUCAUUGAAGAGAAUUUCCCUGAGCUGUUGUCCUUGAACUUGAGCAACAACAAACUGUACAGGCUGGAUGGCCUAUCUGACAUCAUAGAGAUGGUCCCCACAGUCAAGAUCCUGGACCUCUCCAAAAAUGAGCUGAACUUGGUGUGGGAGUUAAACAAGAUGAAAGGGCUGGAUCUUGAAGAGCUUUGGCUAGAAGGGAACCCCUUGUGUGACACCUUUCCAGACCAGUCCACCUACAUAAGUGCCAUCAAGGAUUGUUUUCCUAAGUUGUUACGCCUGGAUGGCCAGGAGUUACCAUCACCAAUUAUCAUUGAUACUGACACACCCUGCUUGAUGAAGCCCUGCAAGGAAAGUUACAAAGGAUCUGAUGCACUGAAGAGUCUAGUCCUGCAAUUCCUGCAACAAUACUAUUUGAUCUACGAUUCUGGAGACCGUCAGGGUCUCCUUGAUGCCUACCAUGAUGAAGCCUGCUUCUCCCUGGCCAUUCCCUUCAACCCCGAGGACCCAGCCCCAAGCAGCUUGUGCGAAUACUUCAAGGAAAACAGGAAUAUGAAGAAGCCCAAGGAACCCUGUGCAUCCCUGUGUGUUCAGCCACUGAAGUAUACAAAACAUAACAUCGUGGGCUCCCUCUGUGUACUGCCCAAAACACAGCAUGACCUCAGCUCUUUCUUGGUGGACAUGUGGUUCCAGACGGAGACGAUGCUCUGUUUCUCUGUUAACGGGGUGUUCAAGGAAGUGGAGGGAAAGUCUCAGUGUUCUGUUCGUGCUUUCACCCGGACCUUCAUCGCUACCUCUGCCAGCAAUUCCAGUCUAUGCAUCGUGAAUGAUGAGCUGUUUGUGAGAGAUGCCACCCCCACGGAGACUCAGAGUGCAUUCUCCAACCAAGAACCUACACUGACCACCAGCUCCAUGCCCACCCUCUCCCAGGAGCAGCAGAAAAUGGUGCAUGCUUUCUCCACUCAGUCUGGGAUGAAACUCGAGUGGUCUCAGAAGUGCCUUCAGGACAACGAUUGGAACUACAACAGAGCUGGCCAGGUCUUCACUAUGCUCAGGAAUGAGGGCAAGAUCCCAGAGGAGGCCUUCAAGCAAAUCACCUAAAAGGAGCCUUGGGUGUCCACGCCAUCAUUGUUUCUCUUUUGUCCAACCUAAGGCCAUGCCCAUGACUGGGGAUGGAGGCCUGGCUGACCAAGAAAUCAAAAUGACCUUGCAAGCCAGGUAACAUAACCACC